ACUCGCAAGCGUGACGUGCAAUACAAAACUUGUCUCCUCGCAACUUGCAAAUACAAGUGCAUAACCGACACGUACCAAUAUUUCAUUCAUCACCGAAGGGUGCGACCAUAAUCUCAGCGUGUAACGGAACGACCGCCUGCACUCUGGCCGCGCAAAUGCGGUUUCGGAUAUCUUACUGCGGAAAAAACAAACAUAGCACUAUUAGGCUGUACACAAGAGAGGCGCCAACAAGGCGCCCACCUCCACACAUCUGCUGAUGACAGAAUAAAUUGUGAUGCUGGCUCGAACAGGAUCUUACAGAAAACUGCGUCCCAGAGGACGACGAAGGACGUUAUAACUAAUAGGUUAGAUACAUAAGUGAAAGUGCCUAAAUCGUAACAAUGGUGGCUAACAGACGAAAUUUCAUAUUUAGAGUGAGCAUAGUGAUCAAUAUCGCCGUCCUUCUUUAUGCUGCCAUGCAUCUUUCAAGCACUAAUGGUCCGGGUGUAGAAUGGGUACCGGUCACCGUGGACGGGUCAGAGAGGAGUGCUGAAAUGAGAUAUUUGAACCGCGAAGAUUUUCGGAACAUCACAGAAAGCAAACCUGUCGAAUCGAGCGUAAGGAACAUCGAGGAAUCAACAUCCCAGAAAACACCGUCGACAGCAGCGACGACUAACAAGACCACAUCGAGCACCACAUCAAUAACCGAAUUAGAGAAGAAACUACACGAUACUUCAUCAGAAGCUGACGUAACCAAUGAAACAUUGGAUAUUGUUGACGAAAAUGCGUUAUCUGAAUCAACUCUCGCUCGUCUACGAUUCUUACUCGGUUGCAAUGAUAGGGACUUCCGUCCUGAAUACAUUCAACGCGGUGAAUAUUGGGUGCUUAAAAAUUAUGUGCGAGCCGAUCACGGCACUAUGUUGUGUCAUGAGUCAAUUACUUACACAACUCACGCCGGCUUCGAGUUCCUCGAUAACGUGCAACCACUAGUCGAAAGAUGGAUGGCCCCCGUGAGUGUUGCUGUCCACGCGCCAGCUGACGACCUAAACCCCACUGUGAACAGCAUCAGAUACCUCCGUAAUUGCCUCGGGAACGACCUUAUCAAACAAUUCGUAACAUUUCACGUCUUCUUCAGUAACAAACAUAUACCAGGAAAGAUACCGGAACCAGAUAAGUUCCUUGCGGUACCAUACAACUGCUCUGUCCCUCCACCGUUCAAGACCAAAACUGGCGACACUUACAUGCAAAAGAAGAACCUAUUGUAUCCAAUUAACGUCGCAAGAAAUGUCGCUAGAGACUCGGCCCUGACACACUUCGUAUUACCAUCUGACAUAGAACUGUAUCCGAGCCCGUUCCUAGUACCUCGCUUCCUGAAUAUGAUUGCCAGAAAUGCGAAGCCAUUAAAUUCAACGAAACCAAGAGUGUUCCCUAUUAGUAUAUUUGAAGUGGACGCCAAAGUUAACGUGCCAUCAACAAAAACGGAGCUACAAAAGAUGUUGACCAACAAAACUGCCAUACCAUUUCAUAAGUUCGUAUGCCCAGACUGCCAUAACAUACCAGAGCGACAACAAUGGAUUAACGCAAAGGAGACUAACCAGAUGGACGUAUUCCACGUGGGAAAAAGGCGUGGGAAGUUCGUGCACUGGGAGCCCAUAUUUAUCGGCACUCAUCAAGACCCUCACUACGAUGACCGACUCAGCUGGCAAGGCAAAAAGGAUAAAAUGACACAGGGCUACAUCCUCUGCGUAAAAGACUACGAUUUCAUGAUAUUGAACAACGCAUUUCUCAUACACAAACCAGGCAUAAAACAUUACGUGAAAAAUCCCAAAAGGGACCAUAUUGUGGCCAAUCAGAACAAGUAUAUCAUGAGUGUAAUCAUGCCGGAACUUAAGAAGCUCUUCGGCACCAGAAGCGGCUGUUCACUGUGAUGAAAGUUAAAGUUUAUUAUUAUCGAUAGAAAGAAAUCACACUCACUUUGAAGACAACGAAGAAUAACAUAAAAUCGAAAAUAUUGGAACAAGUGAAAUCCAGAAUUGUUUCAGACC